GGACUGCAUUUAAAAGGUCGUGUUUGGAUGAAACUUGGCUUGCCUCAUUGCAGCUGCAGGAAGAGACACGUGACUUUGAAGAACCAUGCUGCUCAUUGUGGUCACCAUUUCCACAAUGGUGUUUUCUGACUCUGGAGUUUCCAGCAUGCCGCUCUCUGAUCAUGGACCCCACAUCACUCACAGCUGGAGCCAAGUGGUCCGCCUCCGGCACCUGUACGCGGUCAAGCCUGGACAACAUGUCCAGAUCAGAGAGGAUGGACACAUCCACGGCUCAGCAGAACAAACUCUGAACAGCCUGCUGGAGAUCCGUCCGGUUGCUCCGGGACGGGUGGUCUUCAGAGGAGUAGCCACCUCAAGGUUUCUGUGCAUGGAGAGCGACGGCAGACUCUUCUCCUCACACACAUUUGACAAGGACAACUGCGUCUUCAGAGAGCAGAUCUUGGCAGACGGCUACAACAUCUACAUUUCAGAUCAGCAUGGAACCCUGCUUAGUUUGGGAAACCACCGGCAAAGGCAGCAGGGUUUAGACCGGGAUGUUCCAGCCCUGGCUCAGUUCCUCCCCAGGAUCAGCACCCUGCAGCAGGGCGUGUACCCAGUGCCAGACCCCCCCCACCAGAUGAGAACAAUGCAAACAGAGAAGACUCUAGAUGCCACGGACACAUUUGGGCAACUCUCUAAAAUCAUUCACAGUCCCAGCUUCAACAAAAGAUGAGGCAGGACCUCUCCGACGGCUGUCAAGAGUGGUGCCUUGGGGUGAACAUGCACCCCUCCCUGGCCAACCAGGGUCCAACUCAAGUUGUGGUUAACCAGCAGGAACUGCAACUUUCCAGUUAAACACGAAUGACUGCAAGUGCAGUGUUCUGCAGAGAGGAGGUAGACACCUGGAAACAAAGCGUUACGGUGAAUCAGGUCCUUCUCUCCUGAAAAACAAAAACACUCUGCACCCUUGAGAGAAGGUAAUCCCACUGGACAGAAUGGUAAUCCCACUGUACAGAAUGGUAAUCCCACUGGACAGAAUGGUAAUCCCACUGUACACAAUGGCAAUCCCACUGUACAGAAUGGUAAUCCCACUGUACACAAUGGUAAUCCCACUGUACACAAUGGUAAUCCCACUGUACAGAAUGGUAAUCCCACUGUACAGAAUGGUAAUCCCACUGUACAGAAUGGUAAUCCCACUGUACAGAAUGGUAAUCCCACUGUACAAAAUCGUAAUCUCACUGUACAGAAUGGUAAUCCCACUGUACACAAUGGUAAUCCCACUGUACACAAUGGUAAUCCCACUGUACAGAAUGGUAAUCCCACUGUACAGAAUGGUAAUCCCACUGUACAGAUUGGUAAUCCCACUGUACAGAUUGGUAAUACCACUGUACAAAAUAGUAAUCUCACUGUACAGAAUGGUAAUCCCACUGUACAGAAUGGUAAUCCCACUGUACAUAUUGGUAAUCCCACUGUACAGAAUGGUAAUCCCACUGUACAGAAUGGUAAUACCACUGUACACAAUAGUAAUCUCACUGUACAGAAUGGUAAUCCCACUGUACAGAAUGGUAAUCCUACUGUACAGAAUGAUAAUUUCACUGUACAGAAUGGUAAUCCCACUGUACAGAAUGAUAAUCUCACUGUACAGAAUGGUAAUCCCACUGUACAGAAUGGUAAUCCCACUGUACAGAAUAAUAAUCCCACUGUACAGAAUGGUAAUCCCACUGUACAGAAUGGCAAUCCCACUGUACAGAAUGGUAAUCCCACUGUACAGAAUGGUAAUCCCACUGUACAGGUUGACGGUCGGUGGUUCUACUCUAAAGUCUCUGUGUGGACAUGGUUCUGUGUCUGUCUCAACGAAACUCAUCAGGCAAAACAUCUUACUAAAUAAUUGCAGAUUUUUGUUGAAAUUAGUUUGGAUCACAAAUGUCUUUGGAAUUAAUACAGGUGCCGAAAGCAUUUAUAGUGGUAGAACUCUUCAUUUCUGUCUUUAGGACACAGGCAAAAAAAGGAAGUUUUUUUUAAGUAUUAAACGAGUAACUGUGUUAGACCAGACUCCUGGUAGGGAUUCCAAGGAAUCACUCAGAAGAUUUAUGUUGAAAUCCUGAAUGAACUGGAACAAAACGAUUGUCGUCUGUGCUGUGAGAUCAUUGGACAGACAUGUUGUAAUCCAAGCUGCUUCUGCACACUCUGUGUUGUCCUUAAGAAUUUUUUUUAAUCAAGUUCUUCUGAUGAUGCACAGUUCUUUGUUUUAUGUUUUCUAGUCUAAAAAUUGGAUUUCAUUUCUGCUCGAGAAGCACCACAAAGGCCUGAUAAUAACAUGUGUUUGUGAUGCAAGCCCCUCUACUUUCCAAAGAUGACUACGACAUUCUUUUUCAUCCUUGCACUAAAAAGACAGAUGCAAUAUUGAUAAAAUCAAUGCGACAUUUUCAUGUGUUAAUCGAUUUGAAAAUUUAAAAAAAACAAAACAUAAAAGUAUAGAAUGUUAAACUGAAUAUCACAAUUAAAAUCAAAUUCUUAACUUUUUGUGGUUGUAUAUUGUGCUGUGUUCUGUUAUUUAUCUGUUUUUUUAUUCAAUAAAAUGUUCAUCAACUGAAAUGAUAAA